UCUGGGGAACGGAGGCAGACAGAAAUUUGGGGAGGACAGGAAUUGAACUGUCGUUUUCUCAGCGGUCACCCUCCCCCUGUUAUUUGAGAUGCUUUACAUGAUUGGUUUGGGCCUGGGAGAUGCUAAGGACAUCACAGUCAAGGGCCUGGAAGUUGUCAGACGCUGCAGUCGAGUGUAUCUGGAAACCUAUACGUCAGUCCUGACUGUAGGGAAAGAAAUUCUGGAAGAGUUUUAUGAGAGAAAAUUGAUCCUUGCUGAUAGAGAAGAAGUGGAACAGGAGGCAGAUAAUAUUUUAAAGGAUGCUGAUAUCAGUGAUGUUGCAUUCCUUGUAGUUGGUGAUCCAUUUGGGGCUACAACACACAGUGAUCUUAUUCUGAGAGCAACGAAACUGGGGAUCCCUUACAGAGUUAUUCACAAUGCGUCCAUAAUGAAUGCUGUAGGCUGCUGCGGUUUGCAGUUGUACAAGUUUGGAGAGACAGUGUCUAUCGUUUUCUGGACGGACACUUGGAGACCAGAAAGCUUCUUUGAUAAAGUGAAGAAGAACAGACAAAAUGGCAUGCACACAUUAUGCCUACUAGACAUCAAAGUAAAGGAGCAGUCUUUGGAAAAUCUAAUCAAGGGAAGAAAGAUCUAUGAACCUCCUCGGUAUAUGAGUGUCAACCAAGCAGCCCAGCAACUUCUGGAGAUUGUUCAGAAUCAGCGAAUACGAGGAGAAGAACCAGCAGUCACCGAGGAGACACUCUGUGUUGGCUUAGCCAGGGUUGGAGCUGAGGACCAGAAAAUUGCAGCAGGCACUUUGCAGCAAAUGUCUACUGUGGACUUGGGAGGACCAUUGCAUUCCUUGAUUAUCACUGGAGGCAGCUUGCAUCCACUGGAGAUGGAGAUGCUAAGUCUGUUUACCAUACCAGAAAAUAGCUCAGAAUCCCAAAGCAUUGGUGGACUCUGAAUACAGGCAUUUUCUAUUGCAAGAUGUUAAUUCCAGUCAUAUAUACACAUACAUGUAUUUGUAUAACAAACAGGUCUUUUGGUUUACCUGAUAAGUGUAAAUUGAGUGACCAAGAAGAAAGAUAUUCCAACAGUGCUUGGUUUCCUGUGUCAAUGAGUUUUUACCCUGUGAUAUCAUCAGUUGUUGCUGAUAUUUUGGCAGUUUUUCAGGAUGAACAUA